AUGAGUCGCCAUCUCGUCCCCAAGGCAUCGACGUCGACCGCGUUGCUCCUGCGCCCGGCAUUUCCCCGCACGGCGAGCCUGACCCGGUUCUAUGCAACCCAUAGCGAUCUCGGGGGAGGAUCUGGUCCCAAGGCGGCGCCGAGAAGAAGACAUGUGACGGUUCUCUCCGACGAUGGGCGGUAUGAGUGGGGUGAUUUGAGUGGGAGGGAAAAGGUCGCGCGGGCGACGCAGCAGUCGAUCAAUUUUCUCGUUAUCGUGGCUGGGGCGGUUCUGACGGGCGGAGUGUUCUACUUGCUGUACACCGAGGUCCUCUCCCCGAACAGCAGGACAUGGCAGUUCGAGAAGGCGGUUGAACGCAUCAAGGACGAUUCGCGGUGUACGGAUCUUCUCGGAGAUCGGAGAGAGAUCAAGGCGUAUGGGGAGAGCACGGGGAGCAGAUGGGAGCGGAACAGGCCUAUCGCGACUUCGGCCUUCAAGGACCGCAUGGGUCGCGAGCAUAUGAAGAUGCACUUUCAUGUUGAGGGACCGCGCAACUCGGGAAUCGUGAUUGUGCAUAUGAUGAAGCCGCUGGAUAAGACUGAGUGGGAAUAUCUGCUUCUUGCGUUGGACGUCAAGGGACAUUCUCGUGUCAUCCUGGAGCAAGCGCAAGAGAAACCCGGCGUCGCCAAGGCAUUGAAGAUCUUCGGCAUCCAAUGGCGUUGA